CAUUAACGUUACUUGGUUGUUUUUUCUAUCGGUAAAGAUAAACGUCUAAAUUUAGACUUUCGUGCGCAAAUGUUUCUUUAUCAUAUACAUCUGUUUGAAUCCACAAGAUUAUAUAAAUACAAUCGAUUAUCGAUAUCUUUCGAUCGUUCUUGUAGUACUUGGCAAUUGUUUAUUAUUUGUUGUUGUUGGCAAGGCAACAAUCAAAUUGUGCUUCCACACAUAUGCCACUUUUCUGAAGUGGCUCUCAUAAUUUGGGCGACCAAAUCUAUAUUUUAUGUACUACAAGACUAAUUAAAGUCAAGUUUAUUAAACAAUUUUUGGUUUAAGUAUUCUAUUCUGAUCGCAAUGGCACGUGCUAACGCGUUGGUUACGCAUUUCAGCAGGCGGGCUUAUCUCCUGAUUGACAUACAAUAGCCAGACCGUCUCCAUAGCAACAGAGAGCGUCUUUGGCUGGCUGUUCUCGUGAACUUGUCGACUUUAAUCACUUUAGUUCGGCAUAAACAGGAAUACCGACAGUGUUAAUAAUAAUUAAAAAAAUGCGUCCGAGUUCAGCUGUGGAAGGCUGGGCUUGUAAGGUGCAUUCCGGGAGGUCAGCACAGGCACGUACAAGCUCAGCCCAUAUGGAUCUGAGGCCCAUAACACAAGGACUUGAAAUCAUCCCUAGGGCUAAAAGUGCCUCACGGACAAUCACCAGAGAUUUCUCAAGAAGGAACUCUCUAAAAUCUGACUCUGCCUCCUCUGUGCAGUCAGUGGCAGAUGAAAAUCUUUCUUUGGUGGAUAUUGAAGAUCUUCUGUCUGAGAGAGUCAAGGACAAGAAAGAUGACCUGAAGGCCGCUUUUGAAGCGUUCGACCAGGAAGGCAACAAGAUUGUCACCAAAGGGGAAUUCAGACGUGUGAUUGAGGGGUUUCUUGUUCCGCUAACCGAGUCUCAGUUUGAGGGACUGUUGGCAAAGCUUGAAAUAAGAGCGAACAGAACAAUUCCCUACAUGGAGUUUCUUGGAAAAUAUUGCAAGGUCUCAUCUGCCAUGAACAGAAUUCCAUACAUGAGUACAUGUUACAGAAACUUGUCGCUUGGAGAUCUGCAGUGCCAUUUGAAAGAGAAGAUUGGUGGCAAUUUGAAAAACAUCACCAGGGCUUUUCGUCUGUUUGACUACAACUGUGAUGGGCAGAUACAGCAGCAUGAGCUACGUAAAGUGUUAGAGGGUUACUGCUUUCCCAUGAGUCAACAGGAAUUCCACAGAUUAUGGUCAUACUACAGCCCCAAUAAUGCUGACACAAUAUCUUACAAGGAGUUUCUUGAAAAGCUUGGUGUUGAUUGUGAAAACUAUACAAAGAUUGCUCCAGAUUCUAUAAAACUGGCACUGAACUGGGAUGCUGUCAGUCUGGCCACAAGACCAAAGAGUAAAACUAGUUUAAGACCAUUUUCAGGCAAGCCCAAAGACACCUUGGAUGAAAUUCAGACCAAGUUUUUGAGCAAAAUGAAGAAAAAUCACAACCUUGUUGAAAAAGCUUUGCAAGCGUUUGACCUCACAGACAGUGGGCUUGUAUCUCUCGAGGAUCUCAGGUCUAUCUUCAGUAAUUUUUUCUUCCCUAUGGAUGACAGCACAUUCAGUGGUUUAUUGAACAGAUUUGGCGUGAGCACCACAGAACCUCUGAAAUGGAGAAGGUUUCUUGGGUUGUUCAAAGAUGACAAGCAAACUAUAGCAACACAGAAAGAUUCUACUGCAGAAACUGUAAAUGUGCACAGCGUUGAAGCCAUUUUACCAAGACUGCAUCAACAAAUACUUGAUAAGGAGCUCUGUUUGAUGGAAACAUUUCUGAAUGUUGAUAAAAACAGAACUGGUUUCAUCAGUAGGGACGAACUCCGUUGGGCUUUGGAGAACAUCAGCAUCAAUGUCACAGAUGACCAAUUUCAAGUUCUUGCUGACCACAUGGAUGCAGAACAUGUGGAUGUUAUCAAUUACCAGCAAUUCCUGGACUUCCUACAUCAACAAAGACCAAACAUGCAUACAACGAAACCCAAUGAAAAGAGCUCAGCGCCAAUAAACACUUCCACACCAACACAGAAUACAGUAGAAGAAAUUCUUAAGGAGAAGCUUGCUGAGAAUUGUAACAUGCUGAUCGAAUCUAUCGCCAUCGUGACCCAAAACCAAAGUGACAUCAUCCCUCCAGAAGAGUUGAGGAGACUGAUCCAAGAAUAUGGAGUACCGCUCUCUGAACAUCACUUCAGGAGGCUCUGUGAACCAUGUUUGGAGGCUGGAGGUGUGAACUACAAGUUGUUCUUAAAGAAUUUAGGUAUUCCAGAAUGUAGAGCAGACAGCAUCAACAUGAGUCUCUGUAAAGUUGAAAGUGAAAACCAGGCGCACAAGGCUCAAAUCUUCAACAUGAAAACACAAGCAGUCCAGGACGUUGUUUUGAGAAAACUCAAAGACAGGCUUCAGAGACGAGGAUUGACCCUUCAGGACUGUCUGAUGUCCACCAGGAAAAACUCAGCUGCAGUGCUCUCUCUCAGAGAUUUCUGUAAAAUUCUGGACGACUGUGGAAUCUUCUUGGAAGGGCCUCAGUUUCAGAUGCUCAUCGAGUCUCUAGGUUUUAACUGUGGACAGAUUUCUGUGGCUGAUUUUGUGACCAGCUAUGAAGAAACAACAUCAGACAAAAAUGAGGAACCUGAUAGACAGAUAGAAGUUGAAGAAGUUACCAACAUUUUAUCUGCUGAGGAUUGCUUCAGUCAACUUAAUAAGAAGAUCAAGGAAUACCAUGGGGAUGUUCUGACUGCUUUUCGUCUUAUGGAUAACAACCGUGAUGGCGUAGUGAAUCGGAAUGACUUCAGGGCUCUGUUUGACAGCUUGAUGUUUGUGACCAAACAAAGUGAGUAUCAGAGAUUGCUCGACCUGUUAGGCCUUACACCAGGCGCCACCCUUAACUACGCCGAGUUCUGCGACAAAGUCCAGUCUGGUGGAAAGAUGAGACUACAUCAACACAACAUCUUGCGCGAUGGGUGGCUUGGAAAUGCAUGUGACCAAGUACACGACCACCUUGCAGCCAUUGCACAUAAAGGAUCUGUAGAGUUCUUAAAGCUCUUUAGUCAUCCGGGUGAAGACGGUGAAAGACUCACGACCAGGAAUGAUCUGAAACAACUUCUUUUUAAAUACUGUUUACCCAUCACACCAGAUGAGUUUGAUAAACUAUGGAGCAGGUAUGAUGAAGAGGGAAAAGGCUUUCUUACUCAAGAAGAGUUUCUAAGAAAGCUCAAAGUCAAACCAGAGGAAGAUUGUCAGUCAGACACACAUGAACAGUCCACAAAUAAGGUAGUUUCCAUGACAACACCUGACCCAGAAGUCAACCUGCAGAACCUCAGGAAGUGGAUCAGAAGUGACUUGGAGAAAGUUAGUGAUAGCCUUGUGGUUCUGGAUAAAAACAGGGAUGGUCAUGUGACCAUAAGGGACCUGCUGUCACUACUACAGAGACAUGGUUUUCAGCUAAAGGAAACAGAGCUCAAAGAUCUACUGAACCUUCUUGGGUUUGACGUCCAUCACAAGACGCUGCCGUAUCUUGAUUUUCUGAAGCGUGUCACUGGAUUUCCAUUCUCCAAUGAGACAGAAGAUCAGUUUUUUCCAGAAAGAGUGGAGAAUGUAGAGGAGCUAAGCCCAGAAAAAACCAUACAGCGAGUUAAAGAGGUGGUAACUGCUUCAUCAGACAUUCUUUACAAGGCUUUCGCUGCUUUUGAUAAAACUAGAGAUGGUAUGCUUCCUCAAGUCGAGUUUCGGCAAGUGUUGAAUCAUUUCUGCGUGCGUCUCUCGGAUAUGCAGUUCCGAAAGUUACUGUGCAAACUGGGUUUGAGUGAAGGGGAGGAGAUUUUGGUUGACUGGAGAGAAUUUCUGGAAGUCUUUAACCUCCAUAAACAAGAGACAGCAGAUGAAUGGCUCAAGAAAAUCCAGAAGAUGCGAUUUCCGAAUCAGACCCGCCCAUUACUGAUCAACGACGUUUUGAGGAGAAUACAAGAGGUUGUGUCGGCCCGUCUCCAAACCAUCACGGGGGAGAUGAUGGACCUCGACUACGCCAAUAUAAACACAAUCUCAAAAAAGGACUUUAAGAGCAUUUGUGAUCACCACUUCAUGAGGCUAACAGACGAUCAGUUUCAAAACCUAUGGAAAGUGCUACCAGUUAACAACUUUGGAAAUCUGGAAUAUCGAGAAUUCCUGAAGAAGUUCAGUGGAGAACAAAAACACAUUGAAAAAGCUGGUAGAUCUUUACCAGGUUCUGCAAGACCAUCGCUGGAUAGAUCAGCAUCCCUCCGACGGCCCAAGACAGCACCCUCCGCAUUCCGAUACUCUUCAUCACCAGGCCCAGUGAAGCUUAGUAGGCCCUCCACGUCAAACAGAAGACAGACGCCAAUGCUGAACUGUGAAGAUGUAGAGAUGAAGCUGCGCCCCAGAAUCCAAGAAUGUUGGAGGCACAUCCAGAGGAGGUGCAGGGAAGCGGACACCGAGAGGACUGGGGAGAUAGAUGCGGGGACCUUCUUGGAGAUACUCCAGAGCCUUCGCAUUGAGCUGAGUCCAACUGAGUUUGAGCAGCUGGCUGUCAAAUAUGACAUCAAAAACACUGGACGUCUCUCGUAUCCUGACUUCCUGCGGCACUUUGUGCUCAUGUUCGGUCAUCAGGUCAACCCUUCAACCUAUAGACUCAAACUGCAGCUACCCAGGACACCGAUGAGCCCUGGACCACUAAGUGGCCAGUGUGCUGAAGCCAUGCUGAGAAUUUCUAAGCCCGUACAGCUAUUCUGGAGGCAGAUGAGGCAAAAAUUCAUCGCCUUUGACAGAGACCGCACUGGAAAGAUCUCUCUUCAAGACUUCAGGAAGGUUCUGAGACAGUUCAGCGUGAAUCUGUCUGAGGAAGAGUUUUUUCAUUUGACAUCUUUUUUCGACAAGAAUAUCACAGGGAAGAUUUCCUACAAUGAUUUUCUACGCAUUUUCCUAAAAUAAGUCAAUACAUUUCGUGGGUGUG